UGGCAGCCGACUAGGUGAAUCAUCUGAUAGUUGAGUUUGUCGCCGCCUAUGUAAUUGCGAAGCUUGCCGAGUGUCAGCCCUCUACAGGGCUCAAAACUGUUUCAACGGCCCGCGAGCAUCAGCGAAACGUGUCGGCCGCUAUGUGAUCAGUGUCUACGAUCUAGACGGACUUUGUUACAUGAGGCCCAACACGGCGAUCCUACUUCCCGUUGUAAUUUUUAGGCCUAAUAGCAGCCAGUCGGCGGUGAAGUGCGUGGCAAGAACAUCAAAUUUUGGCAGGUGCCUCUGACGUACCGCCCCUCAUGUCAUGUGCUCGAGUGAAAAAGUUGUUUUGACGCUUCUAGUUUGAGGCCAAGGUGCUCUAGAAGCAUGUCGUCGUUUAUUUCCAACUUCAAGAAAAUAUUCAACUUAGGCGGUGUAGGAGGAGGAGAUGCCAAGCGUCGCAAAGUUUGCAGUAACAUUCGCUUCGAGGAGAAUCCCGAAGAAUACUGGGAAAUCAUUGGAGAGUUGGGCGACGGUGCCUUCGGUAAAGUGUACAAGGCUCGGCACAGAGCAACUGGUGUACUAGCUGCUGCGAAGAUAUGCGAGCUCAAAGGAGAAGAUGAUCUGGAAGACUUCACAGUUGAGAUUGAUAUUCUUAAUGAAUGCAAACAUCAGAACAUUGUGGACCUCAAGGAAGCCUUUUUUUAUGAAGGGAAAUUAUGGAUGUUGAUAGAGUUCUGCGAAGCUGGGGCAGUGGAUGGGAUUAUGAUUGACUUGGAAAAACCUCUGACUGAGCCUCAAAUUCGUUACCUGUGCCAUGAGAUCUGUGAAGGCCUUCGCUUUCUACACUCAAAGAAAGUUAUCCACCGAGAUCUGAAAGCUGGCAAUGUGCUCCUCACCUUGGAUGGAGACGUUAAAAUUGCGGAUUUUGGUGUUUCUGCAAAGAACAAACAUACACUCCAGAAGCGAGAUUCAUUCAUUGGCACGCCAUAUUGGAUGGCACCAGAAGUGGUCCUUUGUGAGACAUACCGGGACAAUCCCUAUGACUACAAGGCUGACAUCUGGAGUCUUGGCAUUACCCUGAUUGAGUUUGCACAGAUGGAACCUCCAAAUAAUGAAAUGAAUCCUAUGCGAGUCUUGCUCAAGAUCCAAAAGUCUGACCCACCAACCCUCGCUCAACCUUCUAAAUGGUCAAAAGAGUUCAGAGAUUUUUUAACCCUUUGCCUGACCAAAGACCCAAAUCAAAGGCCAACCUCAGAGGAGCUGCUGAAGCAUCCCUUCGUAGCAAGUUGUGUAGAUAGGAAGCCCUUGAAGGAUCUGAUUAGUGAGUACAAAGCUGAAGUGGUUGAGGAGGUGACCGAAGAGCAAGAGGAUGACAUUCCUGAUUACCGGCAGUCAUUGAGCAUAGAAAAUGACACGACAGGGGAGACUAUUUCCAAUCUUAGUGAACCCAUUGAAGAGUCCAGUAGAGAAGCCAAACCAGCUGAACCAAAAGUAGCUGAGGUGAAACCUGAAGAAGUUGCCAAAGAUGAACUGCCUCCGCCACCUGCAAACAAGGAAGGCAGAACUGCACCAAGCCCUCCACCCCAAGCAACUCCUGACAAGGAAUCAGUAUUGGAAAAAGUAGAAAAGGAAAUAGCACAAGUGGCACAGCCUACGACUCCUCCUAAGCCUCAAGAUGAACCUACCCAAGUUAAUGCAGAAAAGCCAUCGCCUUCAGAUGAAUCAGAGGCCAUAGAAGUUACACCACCUAAAUCUUUGGACCGCCCAACAUCGCCAGAGUCACUGGAACCUGAAAAAGCCCAUCCAGUCCCACAAGCGUCAACGCCUAUUCGCGGUGGUGAAGUAGUGGUUGUGUCUAGCUUAUCAAUGAUAGAUGAUUCCAGCUCCCACGUAAAGGACACUUGUGAAAUUGGAACUUCUGAAGUUGACAAAGGAGAGCUGUCCCCAAAAGUCCCAGUGGAGCACGAAGUGACUUUCUCUUCAAAGCACACCAUAUUGGAGGUUGGCGAGGCAGGGCGCUGGGAGCAGCAGGCUGUCGAAGUGGACCGUAGCCAUGUGUCGGUGAUCAGCGUGGGUGACCACGAGGUGGUGAAGGACUCAUCACUGGUCGUGAGCCCCCAUGAAGGCCCAGCAUCGCCUCGUCUGGUGCUGCGGCAGUCAACAGCAGGGCCUCGCGAGGGCUCUCCUGAGAAGCGAAACUCGUUCCCACGUAUGCAUGAAGGUGCGCAGCAACGGCCACCACUUGUGAAUGGAGGCUCGCACGAAGCAUUGUCACCCGAGCGGCCCAAGGUUCGAGUGAACGUCAAGCUGCAACAGGGCUCAGCAUCACCACCUCGUGUGGAAAAAGCACCUCGGAGGCCCCCUGCCUCGGCAACGGAUGCACCAGUCGAGCGCCGCCGAAAAGAGGUAUCAGACACAGAAAGUGUUUCAACUUUGGACAGUGUAGGCAGCCGCACAAGUGGCAGCGACAAGGAGAACCGCAAAGAGGACUGGGAAGCCACCAAGGAAAAGGAACGUAGUGCUAAUAAUGUACCUGCUAUUCGCAAGAAGGCCCUUAUGACUCAGAACGCUGCUGUACGGCCCAAAACACUCAAGCGGACACGCAAGUUUGUAAUUGACGGAGUUGUUAUGACAACCACUACCAGCAAAGUCAUCUAUGGAGACCUUGAUGAAGACAAACAAGCCAAAGAUUACCAUUUUCUCAGGAAGCAAGAAUUAAGGGAGCUAAAGAUGCUCCAGAAGAUGGAAAACAAGCAGUUCCAAGACUUGGACAUGAAGGAGGAGUUCGCCAGGGAACAGCAGCAGAAGAAGUUUGAUCAGGAACUAACGACUCUUCUGCGAGAUUACGACAAUGACUUAGAAGCACUGAAUCGUACUCAGAAGCAGCAGGUGGAAAAGGCUGAACAGCAACAGGACUUGGACUUGAAAUAUGCCUCUAGGCGCAUUCGCACUGAACAGGAACGAGAGCUAAAAGCAUUCAGAGAGAGCUUGAAGAAUGAAGCAAAGCUUUUGAAACAAGAAGUUGAGCUCAUGCCAAAGGAAAAGCGAAAGGACAUGUUUAGGGUUCGCAAGGAAAAGAUGGAUUUGGAUCAAGCUGAAAAGGAGAGACUUUUUGUGGAGAAACUGAAUGAGCAGCAUGAAUUAUCCAUGAAGAGGCUGAGCGACAGCCAUCGAGAGAAGAUUGCUCUUCUUGAGAAACAGUUCCUACAGCAAAAGCAGCAACUACUUCGAGCACGGGAAGCGGCCCUUUGGGAGCUUGAAGAAAGGCACUUGCACGAGAAACACCAGCUAGCUAAGAAGCAACUCAAGGAUUGCUUCUUUCUCCAACGGCAUCAGAUGCUCAUUCGGCACGAAAAAGAGUUAGAGCAGGUCAAGCGGCUCAACUUGCGACGGGAGGAUGAGCUGCUGAAGCGCCAAGCCCUUGAACGCCGUCAACUACCCAAGCGCAUUCGCUCCGAGAUGAAGACACGCGAGCUCAUGUUCAAAGAAAGCCUCCGUAUCAGUCUUCAUGGUGGUCCGGACUCUCCAGAUGAGGACAAAGACAGACUGCGCAAGUUUCAGGAGGCAGAAAAGAAGAGAUACAAGGCUGAGCACCAGCGCCAGGAACUCAAGCACAGACGCCAGCUUGAAGAGCUGAAAGCUGCUGCUGAUGCGACCAUCAAAGAACUGGAACAGCUGCAGAAUGAGAAGCGCAAAAUGCUUAUGGAGCAUGAGACCCAGAAACUAAAGCAGCUGGAUGACGAGCACGGCAGUGAGUUGCGCGAGUGGAAGGCCAACUUGAAACCACGAAAGCAGAAACUGGAGGAAGACUUUGCACGCCAGUGCGAAGAACAGGAGCGCUUCUAUGGCACAAGUACGUUCCUCAAUGAAUAUGCCAACAUGGAUCGGGAACAAGUGACACUACAAGGACCUCCACGAACUUUAGACACUUCAUAUCAUCCAAGCUACUGAAUUUAGGAUCUUGAUAUGCACUACAAAGGUCUAACACUGGCAGUAUUGUUUUUCUCAUUGCUUCUAGGGAUAUUUUUUGAAACCAACGCCUGUCAGUAAUACGAGUUGUUUGCUGUUGUGGUGUAUGCCUGAGGGCAUUUGUUCUCUGGGAACCUUUCCAGGAGUCGUUAUAGUUGUUUCAUGCAGGAGAAAUGCUCUACAUCGCCAUAGUCAAGAACACGUGGCGAAAUGCCAGGAAGACUCUUAACGUGUCAGGCACAUUGCAAUGUGAGCUACUGUAUUGUCAGCUGCUUAUAUGUGGUAAUGAAGUGUACGAAUUACGUUGAAUAGAUAUCAUCUCAUGCUUUCCUUUUCUUUUUCUUUUUAAGUGCUUAGCUCAACCCAAUGAGAAAUCUUCGAAGCUGAUUUUGUGACAUAGUUACAAGCAGCUUCAUACUGUACUGUACAUUUUGCCUGCGUCUUGUUGUUUUACUAGUAAAGGGGUCUGAAGACUUCAUCGCAGAAGAUUUCUAACUUUAUUUUAUUGCACGAAGGUACUGUAUGACAGUGCUUUGUGGUGCAAUGGCUCAAAAGUGCCUCACUUUUUGAAACUUAUUACCAGUGUCCUUUUUUUUUUUUUUUCAGCAAUUUUAUGUAGUACUUUAAUUAGACGUUCUCUGAAAGACACUGCCUUUGUUGUGUGUCACAGCCUGCAAGAAGUCCAUCUUACAGGCUUUUACUUGUUAGCACUGCUCUAUGGUGUGACUUAAUUGGACAAGAGGCAGUUCUGCUUGAUUUGUAAAGAAUAUCUGUAAUGUUUAUUGACAGUGGGCACACGUGCAUUACAUGUCAAAAUGUCUAAUUGUGCCUAUGGGUAACUAAUGUUGCCAUCUGCAGUCAUUGUUCCUGUUGCCUGAUGUUGGGUGACAUAGAUACUGUCACAUGCCUACAUUUUCCAGUGUUCAAAGUAUAGCCUCUUGUUUUAUUGUCGCUGUGUACAGAAUGCAGACGCCAUCUGUUGCGUGUCAGUGAAGCAUUAACAAUGUGUAACUGUUCCUGUGAACUGGAAGAACCAGUGCUGUGCAUGCUGGCAACCAUGCUUUGCUACUUCAGACUCCUUUGUAUUGUCUCAAGAACCAACACAACUGUAAGCAGUGAUAAAAGACCAAGAUGGCCAAGCCUUCCAGUAGUGCAGAUUCAGUGUGUUGGUUGAGUGUUUGAUAGCUUGGCAUGGUUGUGUGUGAUAGAAAAAAAAAAAAGAGUGAAUGUAGCUCAUUUUCUAAUGCGUAUAGGGUUUGCUGUUAACCAUAAUAAGCACUUAGCAUGCCAUACCAGAUUUGCAUAGGUGCCAUCUACAACAUACUGUGAAGGUGGCUUUUACAGUACUUCUGUGCAUAUGAAAUAGAUGGGCUGCAGAGAUCUUCCUUUGCUUGUGCCAGUUGUCAAGGUCACAUUUCCAAAAGUGCUUUGUUGAAACUGGCGUAGUUAACAGUUCCAACGUAUUGUACAUAGUUUGGUACACUUAAAAUCUGUAGACUAAUUUUCAUACCAUUUCAAAAAAGAGUGUGGUAUACUUUUAGUACACAAUAUUUUCAGAAGCUUGCUAAGCAUAAUAAAGCUUUGACAUGUUUUGAA